AAUGCUGGGAUUACAGGCGUGAGCCACCAUGCCUGGACUUCCAUCUGGUAAUUUUCUGUCUCGAGGAGGAACUACCCUGCCCUGGCAGAGGCUGGGGAUGAAGGAGGAAGAGAGAGCCAGUCCCCUGGAUAAAGAGACCCCUCCCUGGCGAUGCCAGAUUCACUGGGCUGGCAGAUUCUGCCCCCAAACCUGCCCAACCAGUUGUUUGAGAGGAGAGGGUACUUGGGAGGGGCAGCAGGAGAUGCCAGGAACAGCUUCCCCUAGCCGAGCACAGACUACAGACGGGGGAGCCUCUGGGGCUGCAGACACUGCAGACGGACGGACAGACAGAUGGACAACAGCUGGAGGCUUGGCCCGGCCAUAGGGCUCUCUGCGGGACAGUCCCAGCUGCUAGUGUCGCUGUUGCUGCUACUGACCUGUGUCCAGCCUGGGACAGACGUGGCUGCCCCAGAGCACAUCAGCUACGUGCCCCAGCUCUCAAACGACACCCUGGCGGGGAGGCUCACCCUGUCCACCUUCACGCUGGAGCAGCCUCUAGGCCAGUUCAGCAGCCACAACAUCUCUGACUUGGAUACCAUCUGGCUGGUGGUGGCCCUCAGCAACGCCACCCAGAGCUUCACGGCCCCACGGACAAACCAGGACAUCCCUGCUCCUGCCAACUUCUCCCAGAGGGGCUACUAUCUCACACUGAGGGCCAACCGGGCGCUGUACCAGGCCAGAGGCCAGCUCCAUGUCCUCCGCGUCGGCAAUGAUACCCACUGCCAACCAACAAAAAUUGGCUGCAACCAUCCCCUACCAGGACCCGGCCCCUACAGGGUGAAGUUCCUGGUGAUGAAUGAUGAAGGACCUGUGGCUGAAACAAAGUGGUCCAGCGACACUCGCCUGCAGCAAGCUGCCCCAGAGCACAUCAGCUACGUGCCCCAGCUCUCAAACGACACCCUGGCGGGGAGGCUCACCCUGUCCACCUUCACGCUGGAGCAGCCUCUAGGCCAGUUCAGCAGCCACAACAUCUCUGACUUGGAUACCAUCUGGCUGGUGGUGGCCCUCAGCAACGCCACCCAGAGCUUCACGGCCCCACGGACAAACCAGGACAUCCCUGCUCCUGCCAACUUCUCCCAGAGGGGCUACUAUCUCACACUGAGGGCCAACCGGGCGCUGUACCAGGCCAGAGGCCAGCUCCAUGUCCUCCGCGUCGGCAAUGAUACCCACUGCCAACCAACAAAAAUUGGCUGCAACCAUCCCCUACCAGGACCCGGCCCCUACAGGGUGAAGUUCCUGGUGAUGAAUGAUGAAGGACCUGUGGCUGAAACAAAGUGGUCCAGCGACACUUGCCUGCAGCAAGGAAUUCAACACUGAACACAUUUCACCAACAAUAGUUACAAAUAAAUUGCAAAUUCAAUGAAUGUACUUCUCACAGAAGAAAAUCAAAUAGAAUGAAAACUUACCCACUUUGUCAUUCUGCUGUACAUUUUAGUGUUACAAAAAUAUGUUUCAACUAUUUAUAUUAUGCAAAAAAUUUAGCAGAAAUAAAAGUUAGCUAGUUUUUGGUAUUGUUUACUCUGUGAGCAAUUUCAACUUAAAUAUGAAACCAUAUUAUAUAGUUGAAAUUGCAAGUAUCUAUUAUUUUAUUUCAUGUAUAUUGUUUCUAUAUACCUGACAAAAUUUCAAGUACAUUUUAUAAACACACAAAAAAUGAGAUACUGUAUUUCUCUAACUUAUACUAGCACUUGCUCUUUGGAAAAUGAUGAUAAAAUUUAAUACUAACAUGAAUAUUUCUACGAAGGUAAUGAACAAAAUAUCUUGAAAUCAUGUGGAGCAUCAAGGUAAAACAUAAUUAAGUGGAGUUACAAUGGAAUACUCUGUUUCUGUUUUAAAUUCUCAUUUCUAAUAUUACUGCUUCAAGAUCCUAUGGGCUCAGAGAUGUAGAUUUUUGAAAAAAAAUAGAUCUUAAAAAGUCAAUAUUUGAGGUUUGCCUUGUUAAAUGUAGUAAACUAUAAUAUAAUAGUUUACUAUAAUACAUACAGGAAAAUGUCUCUUUGCAAGAAAAAUAAAAUCAUUAAUAAGUUGCUUUAUAACCUAAUUAGAUAACCUGGAGAUAAUAAUAUACUUCUAUCAUACAAGACAACAAACUAAAUAACAAGUUUUUAAAAUCCUGUUCUAUGCUACCCAAAUGAAUUAAACAUUUCCAGUGUUCUGGUUUAUGUAUAUACAAAUUUUAGGAUAAAAGGUACAGAGCGUAAGACUUUUCUACAGGCAAUAUGUUCUUUCGUUAACAACUCUGUCAGCUAGGUGGUCACUUUGCAGAUAUGCCCUAACUCCUUAUGACCUUGUCAGUUUUCUUCGUGAUUAAAUAAUAACUGAUGUGUUAUAGGGUAACCCAGUAGCUUCAGAAUCAAACAUGACCAGGAAAUAUAUAGGAUAACCUCACACAAUUUUCAGAAUUUACCAAUAUGAAAAAUCGGAAUAAUUUAGCCAUUUAUAGCUAGAACUUUUGACAAUGAAUUUGUUAGGGCAUUCCAGCUGCCAGAAAUGUCAUGUACUUUUAAUUAGAAUAAGUGUUUUCCCUUCAGUUACCUGUUUGAAAGCAUUAUUUUCUUUUCACAUACUCUUCUAAAGUUCUAUUGGCUUUAUUAACAAGUUCAUUUUGGUUAGAAAAAAUAUAUAUAUAUGAAUAAAUACAUUUGUUAAAAUAUUAUUCAUUGUAAAUAACCAUUAAAUUUGUUACUAUAAUACACCAUAAUUUACUUGUUGAUGGUUUCAUACAUUGAACCACAUGAUCAAAAUAGUCAUAUGUUUAGCAACAUUAAAGCAUUGCUGAGUGUUUUAAUCCUGUGUGCACACUCUUCAAGUUGCAGCUUUCCAAGAGUAUUAUAUGAUUGUAUUUGAAAUGUUUGUAAUAAUACAUAAAUUAUGAUGCUAAAUGUAUUUCAAAUAAUCUUCUGAAAGUAUUGCUUCAUAAAAAUAGGAUGCAUCACUCAAGUAUCUAGA